AUGACGGCCUCAAUCCCUCCAUCACCCGGCGAAGAAACACCAGCCUUCGACCUCAACCUCCAACACGGCCAUAAAGAUCUCGUCCAAGCCGUCGCAUUCAACACCUACGGCGACCGCUGCGCGACUGGUUCAGUAGAUGGCAAGAUCCGUGUCUUUAACCGUCACAAGGAUGGCACAUGGCGCCUUUGCGAUACAUGGACCGCACAUGGCGGCGAGAUUAUAGAGAUUCAAUGGCUGCCCGCGACUGUUUACCCUAAUUUGAUCGCUUCCCUCGGUAUUGAAGGGUGGUUCCGGUUAUGGGCCGAGGAUCCUUCUGCUGCGCCUGGUCGACGAUUUUGUACUGGACGAGCUGGUAAUGGAAAGCCGGCGUUUGAUACACGAUCGAACAAAGCCCCUUACCGAUCAUUCUCAAUGAAGCAUAAUGAGGAGACGAGGCAUACAUAUCUUGCGCUCCUCGCAACAGACGGACGUUUGACAGUUUACGAAAAUGAUCAGCCCGAGAACCUCUCGGAAUAUGCAUCUAUCGAUGAAUUCAGUGUCGCUCCGAAACCAAAUCGAGGAGAAGAACUCGCCUUCCGUGUGCGCUUCGACCCCAACCCAGAACCAUGUUAUACAGCUCUGCGCGCAGGCGUACCCUCGGAUUCCUUAGGUCUCGUGGUGGCUGCAAUGGACACCGUCAAAGUAUAUCGAUCGCGGGAUAUUGUUGCGACUUCUAUAGGCGUUCAGCAGACCCAGAAGGAGUUCUAUCUCGCUGUUGAGUUAACGGGUCAUCGGGGUCUGGUACGCGAUGUCGCAUGGGCUGCAGGCAAUAUUAGAGGUUACGACGUUAUUGCGACAGCUUGUCAGGAUGGUUAUGCGCGCGUUUUCCGAAUCGAGACACCCUAUUCCGAAGAUGACGGCAAGUCGUGGUCUGCGGCCGAUCUCCUUCGAUCAGCACCACACAUGUCAACCAGAGACUCGACACCACAAGCAAGAACAAACGGAACUGCGACACCAACGGAGAAACAAGCUACCACGCCUCAGCUACAACCAUCCCACAGUUACCACCAACAUCAGCACCAUACCUCUGGGCUCAGCGCCAGUCUUGCAAAGUCAGGCUCUCACAAUGAUCGACAAUGGUCGGGGCAGCCGGGCCAGGUUAAGCACAACUUCCAGGAGAUAUCCAGGCUGGACAACCAUCGUACCCCUGUAUGGCGUGUGGGCUUCGAUGACGAUGGUCACAUAUUGGGCAGCACAGGUGACGACGGGCGCCUGCUGUGUUAUCGUCAGACCCCGAAUGGGGCAUGGGCCAAGAGCUCUGAAUUGGCAGUACAGAAAGCACGAAUAGCCACUCCAUGA